CCCCGAUUGAAGGCAUUGGUAGUUGUCAGCACGGAUUGGUUUGUCAUGGACCAACCAAAUUACUAACCCUGCUUAAUGCAAAAAACUCAAAUUGCAGUUUGAUUUCGACCGCUGCGUCCCAAGACCUACAAAUAGCUUCAUGUUUCUAGCGUUGGCCACCGCGAGGAAACAUGAUCCUCGCUUGGUCCACAAGCCUUAGCUAGCGUUAGCUCCUUCGCUAAAAUAUCGUUUCUCGAACAAAGAGCGGGUAUAAAGCCACCGUUCGACCGUCAGCAAACGCUGCCAGGUUUUUCACGGUAAAAAGCCAUGGAGCAGUACACCACUGCCACCACUACUACUGGAGAGCAGAUUGUUGUUCAGACAGCCAAUGGACAGAUCCAGCAGCAGACACAGGGCACAGUGACGGCUGUGCAGCUGCAAACAGAGGCGCCAGUGGUGACGGCCUCAGGCCAGCAGGUGCAGACACUCCAGGUAGUCCAGGGACAGCCUCUGAUGGUUCAGGUGAGCGGUGGACAGCUCAUCACAUCGUCAGGGCAACCCAUUAUGGUGCAGGCCAUGUCAGGGAGUCAGGGUCAAACCAUAAUGCAGGUCCCUGUAUCUGGUGCUCAGGGACUACAGCAGAUCCAGCUGGUGCAGCCAGGUCAAAUCCAGUUGCAAGGUGGUCAGACUCUGCAGCUGCAGGGCCAGCAGGGUCAGCCUCAGCAGAUCAUCAUCCAGCAGCCCCAGACCGGCAUGACAGCUGGACAGAACCAAGGACAGCAGAUCAGCGUGCAGGGCCAACAGGUGGCACAGACAGCUGAUGGACAGACCAUCGUCUACCAGCCUGUCAAUGCAGAUGGUACUGUCUUGCAGCAGGGAAUGAUCACAAUUCCAGCUGCCAGCUUGGCAGGUGCCCAGAUUGUACAAGCAGGGAGUGCCAACACCAACACCACCAACAGCGGCCAAGGCACUGUGACCGUCACCCUGCCCGUCUCUGGCAACAUGGUCAAUGCAGGUGGAAUGGUCAUGGUAAGGCCCUGUGCAGAGAUGGUACCUGGAGGUGGCGGCGUUCCCACAAUGCAGCGAAUCCCAUUGCCAGGGGCUGAAAUGCUUGAAGAGGAGCCACUGUAUGUCAAUGCCAAACAGUACCAUCGCAUCCUAAAGAGAAGACAGGCUCGGGCUAAGCUGGAAGCAGAGGGCAAGAUUCCCAAGGAAAGGAGGCAGAAAUAUCUACAUGAGUCUCGCCAUCGUCAUGCAAUGCAGCGUAAGCGGGGAGAUGGCGGUCGUUUCUUUUCCCCUAAGGACAAGGAAAUGGGUCUGGGAUUAUCACAGGAUGUCGCCCAGGCAGCAGCAGAUGAGACAGUGGCUCAGAUGAUCCGAGUUUCAUAGCACUGUCAUUGACAUCAUCACUUCUUUCUGAACUCUACCCUGCCUGAGAUUCUUCAUCGCAGCUGACCUCCUGCCACCACUUUUUCCUUUCAUCUGUACUUCCUCCUGCCUCACCGCCAUACACCAAACCACAGUGCUACCACUGGGCUUUUUCUGUUGUCUCUACUCCUACACUGGUCUUCCAGGGAGCUGGCUGUAUGGCUGCUGAGACUAUGAACUUUUCUGGCCUUGUUCA